AUGGGCUUCUCACAACAACCUCUGGGGGUAGGGUCUCCCUCUUUCAGCUCCUCAACCUUUGCUUCCUCUACGCCGCAUCCUACCUCCGCGUCUUCUCCCUUUGCUCCAUUCCUGUUAUUUUUCAAAGGCCACACCGAAGAGGAAAUUCACCAGUGGUCUUCACUUAUCGGUAUUGUGACUGCGUUGGUUGGCAAUGUUCUGAUAUCUCUCGCCUUGAAUAUCCAACGUUACGCGCAUAUUCGAAUCAACCGCGAAUAUGAGCUCGAUAAGCUCCAUAAAGGAGAGGGAUUUGGCCAAACGAAUAAUGGGAUACAUACAUCCGAUCCUUACGGAACACUUGGAGGUGACGGAAAUCAAGAUCAUGCCGGGGGUAGAGCGACGCCACAGAACCGGUCCAACAACGAUAGGGGGUUCGAGGCGUAUCGCGAUAAUGAGAACGAACAAUCUGGCCGCCGGCUUUCUGGAAAUGACAUGCGUAACUCAUUUGCGUCCGAUCGUACCGCUCGCCCUGACGGUUCCGAUGAUCUAAGCGAUCGCAAGUCGUAUCUUCGCUCCCCUUACUGGUGGGUUGGAAUAAUUCUCAUGUGUCUUGGGGAGACGGGUAACUUUAUGGCCUAUGGAUUCGCGCCGGCAUCAAUCGUUUCUCCGCUUGGAGUUGUUGCUUUGAUCUCAAACUGUAUCAUUGCGCCGUGCUUGCUCAAGGAAAAGUUUCGAGGUCGGGAUGUUUGGGGCGUCCUGAUUUCAAUCGCUGGUGCAGUGGUAGUUGUUCUUAGUGCCAAGUCAUCGGAAGAGAAGUUGGGCCCUGAAGAGAUUUGGGCUCGGAUCACCACCUGGGAAUUUGAGCUUUAUCUCGGAUUGACCACUGGAUUGAUACUUGCCCUCAUGUGGGGAAGCUACCAGUACGGCUCACGCUCAAUCUUGAUCGAUGUUGGGCUCGUUGCAUUGUUUGGUGGAUAUACUGCCUUGUCUACGAAGGGUGUUUCUUCCUUAUUAUCAUUUACCCUAUGGCGUAUGAUCACAUAUCCCAUCACGUAUCUGCUGGUUUUUAUCCUCGUUUUCAGCGCUGUAAUGCAGAUUCGCUAUAUCAACCGUGCUCUGCAACGCUUUGAUUCUACACAAGUGAUCCCGACCCAGUUUGUUCUCUUUACGCUCUCUGUCAUUAUAGGAAGUGCCGUCCUCUAUCGAGAUUUCAAUUCUAUGACAGCUGAACGUGCAGCGAAGUUUGUGGGAGGUUGUUUCAUGACCUUCCUUGGUGUAUACUUCAUCACGAGCGGAAGAGUUCACUCUGAUGAUGAGUCCACAUUCUCCACAGAGGAUGAGGAAGAAGCAAUCGGAUUGUUAGAUGGUGAAAGAUAUCAGGACAAUGUGGAUUUACCUCCGCCUUCCAGGCCAGAACGUUCCUCCAAACUGAAACGGGCAUCUGGAGCUGGGCAAGGCGCAGAAUCUCCUCCAGGCUCUCUUCUCAGCCGUGGUAUUGAUGGCGUAGACGACAGCUCCCUCACUCCUCGUGGCAUUCUUUCUGCAGCGCCCUCCUCCCCGGCCGGCUCUUUAACAGCCGAAUCCGCCCUCUCGGGGCGAUCAUUUGAUCAUGCAUCACCAUUGCGACCUCCAUCUCGUAUGUCAAAUCCUUGGGCAGAGUCUCAGGACGACACUACCCGGUCAGUUAAAUCAGAACCUGAGCCAUUUCGUCCGAUGACACCGCCGAAUCAAGACGACACCGCUGGCCAGGAGUCAACCGUUCUUCUGCGAUUUCCCCCAGCCCCUGGCAUAGACGAAGGUUCACCGACUGCCAAAACGAUCGAUCUCCGACGGGCGUCCACACCCGCUGCUGGCGAUCCGCCCUCACUUGGGGCUAGAGCUCAUACAACCCUUGAAACACCUACGAGACGUGUUCUACGCAACUCACUCUCACAUCGAUUCUCACCCGGUCCUCUCAUCCCUUCACUUUCUGGUGGUUUCAGUGCCGUUGUAGCAGAGUCACUUCGACGCGGCGAGGGCAGCCCUUUCAAGGAACGCUCCAAGCGAAAACCAGGACGCCGACGACCAUUGGAAGGAGCCUUUGGCGACGCCCCAUAUCAAGAUGAGAAUGAUACCCCCCUCACGCUUGCUACUGCCCGACUUCAGUCUGCUACCGACUUAGCUGUUCCACCUGCUGAGGCUGGUCGUUCUACACCUGGUCUUGCCACAGAAAUUUAUCAUUCACCAACCGGAAACACGGACGGAGAAACCAAACGUCUUCGCAGUUUUAGCGAUUCAUGGAGUGGUGGCCUUGCGUGGUUAGGUGGCGCAUUAAGGAAGACUUCUACCAACGAAAUUGCUGAUAGCGGUGCCGUGACGCAAGGAACGGUUACACCGCGCGAUACUGAAAUUGCACCUGAUCAAACUGCAGACUCUGAAGGCACGAGUGCCGGGCAGCUGCAGUGA